AUGGCGGGUCUCUGCGAUACCGCCGCCGCGAAGGCCCAACCUGACCCUCGCCUUGGCAUCGGCCGUUCGAGACUCCGGAACGAGGGUCACGCGAGUGAUUUCGGUGAUGAGUCUCUCCUCGACGUCGUGGACACGGUUGCAGCGGCUGGGCUGUGUGACCCCUCCGCUGAUCCUUCCGAUUGUGCUGCUGGACGAGUGUGCAUCGACCCAGCAUCUGCAGUGGGAGGCGUCUGCGUGGACAGCAGUCACCGCUCGGCCUUGGGCAUGAACUAUCGCCAAGAUGGCCCGGAAACCUAUGAUUUUGAUGCCAUUCCUCCUCAGUUGAUCUGGCACGGAAAAACGCUCGAGUUCUUCGUCACCUUCCCCAACCAAACUGGAACUACAAGUGAUUCCGUUCAGCUGCUUUCGCAAGCUCAUCUUGACUAUGAGUCCUUGAAUUCAUCGUUUGGCUUCGUCCAGUAUACUCCUGCCCGAGAAGACAAGGUUGCAUUUAACGUCACCUUGCAGGAUACCACGGGUGCUCCUUUCACAACCUUCCUCAUUACCCCGGUUCCAGAUCUUCCUCCUGAAACCUCCAUCAUUUCCUCCGCUUUGAAACCCAGUGACGACGAAACUCCAGGCGAGUUUAGUUACACCUGCCAAGAUUCGGAGACAGACGUGUUGUUCAACGCAGAGAUGAGGACGAUUCGAAAAUGCCAAGUUAUCGCAGAGAAAGAUCUAGAGCUUGACUGGGUCUUCUCAGGGGCCCAGGAGGAUAUCCAGGAGCUCGAGGUGUUUGCGGAGACUGUCACCGUUGCCUCGCCCGUGCACCUCAAGCAAACCGACCUGACCAUCUACGCCAAAGUUUUGAACAUCUCUCAUCCUGAUGCCCAAAUCAUCACAACGCCAGCUUCGUUUCCCAGAGAAGAACAAGAGGGUUUGAAUGGACAAGUCGGACACGAUGGCGGGAAUAUUGUGUUGCAUGUCAAGUCCCUCAUUCUCCCGAUGAAUUUGUCCCAACCAAUCUUUGUUACCAGCGGAGGGCGUGGACAAGAGCAGGGUCCUGGAAAACAUGGGAAUGAUGGCAUCAGCAACACACAUUGCAGGGGCGACAGCAGCUGUGAAUUUGGCGGGCUGGUGUUCGAUGGACAUGAGAUCCUCUACAAGAGAAUCAAGCACGAUAAGGAGCGUUUUGGCGACCCAGACCCCACAACUGCUGGGAAGCAAGAAUGGCCAACCAACGGAACCGAUGCGACUCCAGCAGGAGUUCCUGGUAAGGGUGGCAACGGAGGAAAUUUCUUUUCAAGCGUCCCAAUGAACUUUGAGGAGAUUGUCGACACCAGCGGUGGGCUGAGUGGAGAAGAUGCAUCCAUUACCGAUGCCGACACAAAAUAUGACUUCCGAGGGGGCAAGGCUGGCGAGCCCAUGAGAUCGGUAAUGGUGGAGGAGGACUAG